UCUUGACGAAAUCUUCUUUGAGCAAGUUGUUCGCGGCCAUCUGGAGGCAUGCCCGGCCAACAUUGUCCGACAACACGCGAUGGUCGGCGGCUUCAACAUGAAUUACCUGCUGCGCUUCCGCGUUUGCUCCGGAGACUACGGCGGCAUCAUGACGGCUCUGGGCUCGGACUCCUGGUGGAAGAAGACCCUCUACAUCACCGGGGGGGCCCUCCUGGCCGCUGCAGCCUACUUGCUGCACGAGCUGCUUGCCAUCAGGAAGGAGCAGGAGCUGGACUCUAAAGACGCCAUCAUCCUCCAUCAGUUCUCCAGACCAAAGAAUGGUGUCCCCAGCCUCUCACCUUUCUGCCUCAAAAUAGAGACUUAUCUGAGAAUGGUGGACCUGCCCUAUCAGAACUAUUUUGAUGGGAAGCUGUCACCACAGGGCAAAAUGCCUUGGCUGGAGUACAACUACGAACAGGUCUCAGGGUCAGAGUUCAUCGUAGACUUCCUGGAAGAGAAACUGGGAGUCAACCUCAACCACAACCUCACACAAGAGGAGCGAGCCGUCUCUCGAGCUGUCACCAAAAUGGUUGAAGAACAUCUAUACUGGACGAUCGCCUACUGUCAGUGGGUGGACAACUUGGAGGAAACCCAGAAGCUUCUGGCAAUGAGUGGCCCUCUUAGCGACACACUAAAAUGGCUGCUGAGCCGCCUGAACGGCAGCGUGGUACGCAGGGAGAUGUACGGCCACGGCAUCGGUCGCUUCUCAAAGGAGGAAGUGUACGCCUUGAUGGAGAAGGACAUGAGGACGCUGGCCACCCUGCUGGGGGAUAAGAAAUACUUUAUGGGCUCCAAGAUAUCCACAUUAGAUGCAACAGUGUUUGGACAUCUUGCUCAGGCCAUGUGGACUCUGCCUGGUACGCGGCCAGAACAACUCAUGAAAGGGGAACUGAUCAACUUAGCCAUGUUCUGCGAGCGGAUGCGAAGGAGGUUCUGGCCCGAAUGGUUCGUGGAAGUGGAGGACCUUUACUACGACGGCGACAGCGAGAGCAGCGGCGGCACGGCGUCUCCGACGGGUCUGCCGGACUUUGGGCUCUUCUCCAGGACUGACACUCUUGAGGACAGCGACGCCAGCAGCCGCUCGGCCAGACGAACGCACACGCACACACCCAACUCGGACCACUCGCUAUUUGACUCGGAUGUGGGCACGGGGUCGGACGAUGAAAUUCAGCUCAAGGAGGAAGCGAUGCCUGACCUGGAGGUUUGACUGGAGAGUGGAGCAGCUGUCACCACAGCCCGCUGAGUUCCGAACAACAGGAUCACUGUUCCGACUCGGUCGUGAAUACCCAACAUGUUAAAGCUUCCCUUUGGACAGAGUGGGUAUUGAAAUGCACAGUACGAAAAACGGAAUCUCUAAUUUCACAUUUUACCGCCCGGUUUGUUCUUUCCCAAAAUGUCACAAAUGUCGGUGGCAUUUUGUCUCUGCCUUAUUUGUGUGAUCUUGUAAUACAGAUGAAGGUGUGCGAGAUUAGCAACAAGUAAACAGCUCGGGUAGGUGCAGGUAUAUCGACCAUUUUACCAUUUGUCUUAAAGCUGAAAGUCAUACAAACAAAUGGAGAUUGAUCAUGUGGCUGAAAUGAAUAGCUGUUUAGUUAUUUCAGCUGUUUAGUUUUAGAUAUCAUAUUUUAUCAUGCUAUUUCUUUUAGCCCUAUAUUCAUGGAAAGACUACAUAUCAAAUGUAUGCGCAUCUACAUCAAACAUCAGUCAGGAUUUAAUUCCUUCGCAGGCUGGUUGAAGAGAAAUUCAUUGAUCAGCAUCUCUGUGCCUGUUCCAUUUUUCUUUUAUUUGUUUUUAAAAUUUUAUUUUAUUUGUUGAAUUGGAGGUUGGCGGCACAGUGGACGACUGGUUAGCACAUCUGCCUCACAGUUCUGAGGACCCGGGUUGUAAUCCAGCCUCGCCUGUGUGGAGUUUGCAUGUUCUCCCCGUGCCUGUGUGACGCUACUCCAGUGUCCUCCCACUUCCCAAAAACAUGCAUGGUAGGUUGAUUGAAGACACGAAAUUGCCCGUAGGUGUGAAUGCGAGUACGAAUGGUUGCUUGUUAAAAUGCGCCCUGCAAUUGGCUGGCGACCAAUUCAGGGUGUACCCCGCCUCCCGCUCAGAGUCAGCUGGGAUUGGCUCCAGCACGCCCGCGACACUCGUGAGGAUAAGCGGUGCAAAAAAUGGAUGGAUGGAUGAAUUGGAGCUUUUGGCCAUUUACUUACUGUACAUGAUGUACAAACACAGUGGUUGUACUUAAUAAAAAUGACCAGCAGGUGGCAAUAGCACCCUAGCCAUUAAUGAAGACCUGGAGUCAAAAGAACAUUGUGGUUACCGGUCAGAAAAUAGUCAUACAUAAUAUUUGCGUUCUACUAUUAAGUGCAGCUACAGUUCAUAGUUAGUAUUUGAUUCAAACAAAUGAUUGAAAGUCUGCGCUUUAGUUCACCAGUGCCACUUUGUUUUUCUUUAUGAAAGAUCUUACGUGUCAAAUACAUAUAUAUUUUUAUUAUUCUUUUAUUUAUUGCUCUCAAAAAGAAAUUAUUUUUGCACUCGUGAAAUGUUCUUUUCACCUUAUUUUUAUGUAUGUGAAAGCUUGGGGGAUAUGAUUCUAUUUGAGUUGAAAAAUGCUAAAGAAAUGGGUAGUAAUAAUAAUGCAUUUGAUUUAUGAAGCAGGUUUAAGUCGUGUUUGUGCAGUGAGGACACUGUGCUACUAAAAGCUGUUCUGUGUGGAUGUGAAUCUUACUGGUUGUGUGAAUGUCAUCAAACAACCCGUUGAUGGAGGAAGAUUUCAUUGGAUGCGAUCUAGCAUACCAAAUAGCUGAUGUGAAAAUAACGUAAUAACUGUGAGGGGAUUAUAACAGGCUAAUUUUGAAUAUUUGCGACAUACUGUAAAUGAAAUGGUCAGUGUACCACUUUCUUUCUUGCUACAUGCUCUGAUUCGUCUUUUUCUUUUCUUUUUAGUUUUGAAUCCGUAUUUAGGGGCACUUUAAAAUAUAUUGUCAACUUCAAAAAGAAAACAAUGAUUGGAUAUAAACCCUGCAGGGACUGAGGUACAUUGCAAGAUAUUACAAUUUCUUAUACUUUUACAAAGUUGUGCAGUAAUAUCAUUUUCCCCUGAUUGGCUGGGAGACAUCACAUGGUUCCAGUGCCUCAUCGUGAGGUGUGCUGAGGAAGAUGCCCGAUAACCUUUUUGUCAGCCUCUUUUCUAUGUGUGAAGACACCUCACAUGCAUAUUGGUAUCAUAACUCAUUAUGCUGUCCAUGUUUAACUCCCUUCAGCAACACAUUCAGCUGCUAAAGGGAACAAAAACAGAAGUCUUGUCAGGUUAACACAAUGAAGGAUUUAGCAGUGGUGCAUGUUGAUGCCAAUGACCGUCAUUUAAUGUUAACCAUGUUCAUUGGUACCACAAAAGCAGUAGGCUCACUGAAGUUGGACUGAGCGUAAUCUCUAAAUCUAGACAUAAAUCUUUGUGCAUAGUGACAAACUACCCGAGAUGAUAUCCCGUUCAAGAGUUGGACACAGAAAAAAUGGGCAGAACUUCUCUCAUGUUUACCCCUUGAAACCCUUCCUUCAGUUGGACUGCUUUCUACCAAACCAUUUAAAAAGUAAAUGUCUCAAACCAUCUCAUCUAUGCUGGUUUAAUGUAAAUAUUGUAUGUGUGACAAAUUGUACCAUGAUGUAUGUAGAGCAGACUGAUUGAUCACUCUGUGGCUGUGUAGUCAAAAAAAAAAAAAAUGGGUCGACUGUCUUAUUUCAAUAAAGAGCGUUGACAAUUUUAAAUGUUUUUUUUUUUUUUAUUUUUUUUUUAAGGGGACAUGAAAAAAAAUACUUUUUAAUGUCUUGUAUACAAAUAUGUGUCUCU